UGAGGAAUCGAAGGCUGCUUCCAAGGGCUCUGCGCGCGUUCUCAAGAACGCGAAGCUCCCCCACAUGCGCACUCAGGCCUAUGACAGCAAUGGAAAGAAGAUCAGAUAUCCACCCUGCUGGAUCUGCAAAUGGCGCCACGAUUCGAAGAAGACCCGCUGCAACCCGAGUAUGUGAUGUCCUCUUGUCACCGUCUGAGGUACUUCAACUGAUUAUCAUAGAGCGCAAGGACAAGCGUAAGAAGGCUCAAUCUGGAGCCGCUGACGCGAAUAUCAAAGAGGAGGCCAAGACUGAGGAAGUGACCGUUUGAUCUGAAGGCUCUGGUUGUGCACUUGAAGUAGGGGGGCAGAAGCGAGGGCGAUGAAGCGAGAUAUCCGCCCCUAUGUAGCUGACACUGAGAAUGACAUCCUGAUUCUCUACGACCUUUUUACGAUACCAUAUGAUGC